AUGGUGGAGACGAAGGAGACACAACUGAAGGCAAUUCGGGAUUCUGGAGCAGAUUCUGGCCGGAAAAGGGACAUUGGUGUGAAAAGUGGCAAAAUGCAUGUAGACCUUCAGAAUCCCCUCAAGGACAUGGGCCAGGCCUUCUGGCCCAAGUCUCCACCUGAAAAGGGAACUCUUAUCCAAGUCUGGCCCGGCUCCUCCAGUUCUACCACCUUCACAAGACCAGUGAAAGUGAUCAGAGAAGCCGGCAGGGCAGGGAAGAAGUGGCCGCCGGCGAAAGCCUGUGUGCACUUCCUGGAGACGAGCCUGGAAGCCAAGAAGGCCUGUGUCCUGCUGUCGCAGAGCCGGCUGUUUGAGGAGCCCGAGCUAACCCAGCGCUGCUGGGAGGUCAUUGACGAGCAGGCAGAGAUGGCCCUGCAGUCCGAGGGCUUCUGCGAGAUCGACUGGCAGACCCUGGAGAUCGUCGUCACCCGGGAGGCCCUCAACACCAAGGAGGCGGUGAUCUUCAAGGCCGUGCUCAACUGGGCCGAGGCCGAGUGCAAGCGGCAGGGCCUGCUCACCACCCCACGCAACAAGAGGCACGUCCUGGGGCUGGCCCUCUACCUGGUCCGCAUUCCGGCCAUGACCCUGGAGGAGUUUGCCAACGGCGCUGCCCAGUCGGACAUCCUGAUGCUGGAGGAGACCCACAACAUCUUCCUGUGGUACACGGUGGCCAGCAAGCCCCCGCUUGACUUCCCGCUGAACAAGAGGCGAGGCCUGGCCCCGCAGAGGUGCCACUGCUUCCAGGCCUUGGCCUACCGCAGCAACCAGUGGCGCUACCAGGGGCGCUGCGACAGCAUCCAGUUUGCGGUGGACAGGAGGGUGUUUGUGGCAGGGCUGGGCUUGUACGGGUCCAGCUCUGGGAAAGCCGAGUACAGUGUGAAGAUCGAGCUCAAGCGCCUGGGGGUGGUCCUCGCCCAGAACCUGACCAGGUUCGUGUCCGACGGCUCCAGCAGCACCUUCCCGGUCUGGUUCGAGCACCCGGUGCAGGUGGAGCAGGACACCUUCUACACGGCCAGCGCCAUGCUGGACGGCAGUGAGCUCUGCUACUUCGGGCAGGAGGGCCUGACGGAGGUGCAGUGCGGGAAGGACCUCCAGUUCCAGUGUUCCUCCAAUAGCACCAACCGCACCGGGGUGCAGGGCGGGAAGAUCCCCGAGCUCAUCUUCUACGCCUGAGGCCGUGGGCAUGUGGGUGCUGGGGGGACAGAGGGCCGCACCCUUUCUCCUUGGCAGGACAGGCUUCAGGACUCCUAACCUUUUGUGAGCAGCUGGCUGUAGCCAGAGGUAUAAAUGAGACAUUUCUACA